GUUGUUGUAACAGGUGUCAGGUGUUCUUGUGACACGCUUUUGUGUCCAUGGUAUACUUAUUGUAGUGAUAACACAUUACGACUUAUGAUAAGAAUUACGAACAGUGAACACAGUUUUACAAAAUACAACAUAAGAGCGUUUGAUUUAAAAAAGAAAAUUUUACCCAAUCGUUUCUGUCUUUUACUUGCCAUAGCACUUGAUAUAACCGAAUAUAACGGAUAUGCUGUAUUCAUCUUUAAAGAAAUUUGCCCUCAUUUGCCACUUGUGUGUCAAACGCAUUGAAAAGUUUCAGAUUUACUCAAUCAGCUUCAAACAAACUCGACUAAUAUGAUACGAUGCUCAAUUUUUGGAAAAACAUUCAAACCAAAAAAAGUCCAACGUCUCCCGGCAGUAAAAAUAUUUCUUUUAAUCUAUCCAGUAAUGGAAUAGCGCCACUCAAAGACUAUGAAAUUAAUGAAAACAAACUUUUUCCACUCGAAAAGUGUAGAUUGUCAUUGAGUUACGUUGACGCAUUGGAAACUAAUAACGAAUCAGUUAUACUGUUGUUUAAGCAAUUUCUAGACCAUAGGAAUUCAUUGUCGCUUUAUCGUUUGAACAUGGAUUUAAAGCACCAUACCAAUAUUGGCGACGAUUUGAUGCGUCAAAAUAUUUUACGAAACAUCACAGUUCACCAUAUCAAUAUCCCUGAUACAUUAGUAGUUAAAAUAAAUGCUAAUGAUGCCCGCUUGGAUACUAACGAUUAUAAUGAAAUCGCCGAAAAAAUUAAUGUGAUAUUAGAAGAGUAUUGGAACAAUUUUGUCCAGACUGAUAUGUUUUGUAAAUAUCAAGUUGAUGUUUUAACUAGUGGUCAAGUAACGCUCGGCGAUAUAUUGCAGUGUGAUGGGCUUCUUUCAUAUUUUAUGGAGUUUCUCGACGGAGAAGGAUAUAGAUCUGUUGUGGAGUUCUGGUUAGCUGCUACUAAUUUCGAACGAUGUGUUGAACAAUUCAAGAAUACAACAUUGGAUUACGAACAAGCACAGAACGAUGCAAUUUGUAUAUACGACAAGUAUUUAUCUCUCCAAGCCACGUGCCCACUUGGCUUUUCCGACCAAGUAAGGAUUUCAGUCGAGGAAUCUAUGUGCCCAGCCGACACGUCGAGCCAAUCAUCAGUCAUGCUUGGGCAGUGUUUUCGUUCAGCCGUCUUUAUAGUUUUAUCGUUUCUACGUCACAAAUGUUUACAGCCGUUCCUUUCGUCCCAACACUAUGUACGGUAUUUGUCCGAACUAAUUAAAGCAGGCAACUCCUAUCAGUGCCUUACUCAAGAUAACGAUUCUUCGAGUUCGUCAAUAUCCGAAUACAGCACUAAUUCAAAGCGUUCAAUGUCCUCACUUUUACCAUAUUCCGCCAGCACGGAUUCUUUAUGGCGAAAAAGACAACAAAGUGGGUUGAGUUUUGGCCGUGUUGACCAAUACGGUCGAUUUGAAAGAAAUAUAGAACCAGAUCCUGAUAAAAACAAAGAAUCUGGAAUCAAACGUAUGAUGAAAAAAUUUGUAAAUAAAGAUGGCGUUAAAAUGCAAGAAGAUAUGGCAUGGCAAAUUGCUGAAAUGAUCGUUAAAGAUAUAACCAGUGUGACGAUGGCUAACAACGAGGAGGAUUCUGAUCCAGAAUAAUAAAUUAGAAAAUAAUUUUUAAUCAAACUCUUAAAUGUAAGUUCUAUAUUUACAUUUUCAAAGUUCUAGAUAAAAGAUGCACAAUAUUGUAAAUAAUUUAUAAUUUAUAUAAGUAUUAUUAUUAUUAUUAUUAUUAUUCUAACCACGAUAAUAUUAUCGUAAUAUGUUCAAAAUAUUAAUUGUUAAAUAAUUACUAAAUGUUUACUAUACCAAAUGUUAAAAAAAAAUAUUGAAAUUAGUGAUAAGGCAAAAUAUAAUAUUU